AUGGGGAACUUUAAUAAGCUUACAGUAGAUUUAAUCUCCAACAUCUUAACACGUUUACCAGCUGAAACAGUUCUAGACUGCAAGUUAGUCUCAAAAUCAUGGAAUAAGGUAAUCAGUCAUCGAUUGUUUCCUCAAUCUCACUUGAAUCACCUCCUUAACAAUCUUGAUUCCGCUGGUGGUUCUGGUGGUAAGUUUACUUUCCUUUUUGUGAAUGACAAUCCAAUUCAUGCAUACAGACAGUUCCAUUACUUUGAAUAUGCUGAGAAUUCUUCUUCAGAGGAACAACCCUUUCAUAAAAUUACAAGAAUGAAACUAAACCCUUUUCCGUUUAGGUAUUACAAUGUUAUUGGUUCCUGCAAUGGUUUAGUUUGUCUAAAUGGAGUCCAUGAUAAUGAGUGGGUCAACUAUGAACCAAUUUAUAUCUGUAAUCCAAUCACUAGAGAAUGUGUGUUUCUACCUGAAUUUGAGAGAACAGAUGAUCAUGGUGAACCAUUGGUGACUGGAUUUGGUUAUGCUUCUUCGUCAAAUGAGUACAAGGUUGUUAGAAUGUAUUACUUGUUAAAAGAACACAGUUUAUUAUAUGUUGAGGUGUACACACUCGGCAGUUGCAAGGAAUGGAGGAACAUAGGGAAGAAAAUUGACAAGGAUAUGCGUUUGUUUGUUGAUAGACGUGCUGUGUGUGUAAAUGGGGCUCUGUAUUGGGGGCUUAAAGAUGGCAAAUUUGUGGCUUUUGAUUUGGUGAAUGAAACUUUUGUCGAAUCACCUAAAUCUUUUACCACUGGUUCGAAUUUUACACUGGGGAUUUUUGGGGGUUAUUUGUCAGCUGACCACUAUGAUAGAGAUUCUAAAACUUCUGAUAUAUUGCUCUUGAAGAAGAAAGAAGAUGGGUCGUUGGGUUGGAUUAAAGAGUUCAGUAUAAGGAACAAGGACGCAGAAGAAAUUGUCAUAGAUUCGCUUGUCCUUACACGUAGGGGUACAGUUCUAUGUCACUCAAAGACAAACGUCCUAAUUCAUGACCUAAAUUCUUCGUCUUCAAAGAUUCUUGUCAAUUUUGGCAAGGAUAAAGCUAUAUUUCAAGCAAUCCCGCAUAUGAACACCUUGGUUUCGUUGAAAGCAUUAGGAGAAGAAAAUACCAAAACAAUGGAAUCAGUUGAAGUACCAAGAGUGGUAGCUGAACUAUACGCGACUGAAUAUGCUCGGAAGAAUGAACAGGUCAAGCAAAUGUGCAGGCAGCAGUAG